AUUAUUAACUAUGAAUUUUAACGGAAAGGUAGCAAUAAUAACAGGCUCAUCCUCGGGUAUCGGCGAAGCCAUUGCACUAUUAUUAUCAACAAUGGAUGCUAACGUUGUGAUUACUGGCAGAAAUCAGAAACGUAUCGACUCAGUGAUCAAACAGUGUCAGUCGUCACUUACUACUAGUGGACGAGCACUGGGAGUUAGGGCUGACCUAUUGGUCGACUCGGAUAUCGAAAUAUUGGUYAAUAAAACAAUCGGCGAAUUUGGUAGAAUUGAUAUACUGGUCAACAAUGCCGGUAUUGGAUCGACUGUCGAGUUUACCGAUGAAAACUAUAUGCUAGCCUACGAUCAGGUAAUGGCUACCAAUGUCAGGUGUGUACAGGUGCUGACUCGGCUAGCCCUACCCUAUCUGGUUGAAAGUAAGGGUAAUAUUGUCAAUAUAUCGAGUAUUGCUGGACUGGCACCGAACCCAUCGACAGUGGCCUACUGUAUGGCCAAAUCAGCGCUGGAUAUGUUUACCAAAUGUCUGGCCCUAGAGUUAGGACCCAAAGGAGUACGUGUUAAUAGUGUUAAUCCGGCAGCCAUACGUACGCCCAUAUUCAAUGCGGUUACCGGGGAUAACCGUAUGCUUGAUUAUGUUGAAAAAUUUUGCCAACAAACCUAUCCAUUGGGACGUAUAGGUGAGGCCCGGGAUGUAGCCGAAGCUGUAGCAUAUCUGGCCUCCGACAGGGCAUCAUUUGUGACCGGACUUAUCUGUCCAAUAGACGGCGGCUGUCUACGUACCGGUGCCACUAUAUUAGAUCCCGAUGCUAUUAAAUUUGAUUGA